CUAUAGUAGUUAUGCGCAUGCGUGUUUUUGUGAGGACGCCGACAUCCUUGCUGCUGAGUUGAAAUGUUUGUUUGUCAUUUUAGAUUUUGACAAUGCGGUCGUUGUUUUUUACAAAUAUAUAACGUUAGUGCAUGAAAACAAAAAUACCCUUUCUUAUUGACUAAGUUAAGUGAUAUGCUAUGAGGCUAACACGGAAACUGGUUCUCGCUAAGGCGAAGGCCUCCGACUUGGAAAGCGUGAAGAAACUGAAUUGCUGGGGAUGCAACCUAACUGAUAUUUCUAUCUUCUCUCAAAUGCCCAACAUUAAGGUGCUGACUCUGAGUGUCAACAGUAUCUCAUCUCUGGCACCUCUGGCUGGCUGUCUGUCACUAUGUGAGCUCUACCUGAGGAGGAACAUGAUUCCCUCGCUCUCUGAGCUUUCUCAUCUGCGUCCGUUGACCCGUCUCAGAGUGCUCUGGUUGGCUGAGAACCCCUGCUGUGGAUCUGAUUACAGCCAGUAUCGGCUCACUGUACUGCGAUGUCUGCCUCGCCUCCAGAAGCUUGACAACCAGGUAGUGACUGAGGAUGAGAUUGCACUAGCUCUCAUGGAGGGCGAAGAGGUCACCACCCCACCGGGCAGUGUCCAAAACCAGCUUUCUACCAAUGGACUUCCAGAGGCAGAGACAGAGAAUGACCUACUCAACUACAACAUGGAGGAGACCAAUAAAAUCAGAGAAGAAUUGGGUAUGAAGCCCCUGUCCAGAGACAAGUUCCCCAGUUUUUCAUCUCCACCGACCAGAGAAACCAAACUAUCUAUGAUAAAGACGCACACUCUCGAUGCGGUUUUGCUGCUUCUGAAGGAUCUGGAUGAAGAGGAGCUUCGCAUUGUACAAACAGCUACACAGAACAGACUCAAGACUUACACACUGGACUCAGAAAUACAAAUGGGUGAUGGAACAAUGUCAUCAUCCAUCACUGAUGGCUGAGUCGCCAUCGUAAUUUAACCCCCCUGAACAGCUGUACAUCUCUCUGUAACACCACUGAAUAAUUACAGUGAGCCACGUGCUUGUCUGUAGUUCCAAAAGCUCCAACAGAGUGAGACAUCUUCACAAACCAAACUAUCAGAUGAUCUCACAUCAGUGACGGAAAUGUAGCACAUUGUGUGAGAUGGUGUACAGGCAAUGGUCAUGAAGAUUCAUUGUCAUCU